CGCGUUUCCUGCUGUCACCCACUUCGAAUUUUAUACGCCUGUCCGCGCUUUUUCGUUGUUUUUACUUAAGAAUACCAAAGAAAGCCCAGCUGUUCCGUUUGGUGUGUAUGUGAUGAAUGUCCCGACUCCCACUAUCGUCUCUCUGUCUGUCUGUGAUUUUUGUUUUUGUCAACUACUAUCUGAACCUCUUUAAUCUAAAGUUAAUAGAGAGAGAGAGAGAGAACCGGUCUUUCUCUCACGCGCAAAGAAAACCCAAGAAAGUAUGGCGUCGAAAUGCUUCUUGUGCUUCUGCUCUGCAAUUUUCUUCUCCUUCCUUUUGAUGGGUCUCUUGGUUUCUUCUUCUUCUCCUUCCACUUUCAUUUCAGAUAGUAUCUUUGAAUCUUACUCAUCUACUGGCCGGAACCUUCUUCAAGCUAGAAAAGCUUGCCCGGUGAACUUCGAAUUCUUGAACUACACAAUCAUCACAAGCAAAUGCAAAGGGCCUCGGUACCCAGCUGAUCUUUGUUGUGCGUCAUUCAAGGAAUUUGCUUGCCCUUACGCGGACGUGUUGAAUGAUUUAACAAAUGACUGCGCUACAACCAUGUUCAGCUACAUUAACCUCUAUGGAAAAUACCCACCUGGCCUUUUUGCCAGUGAGUGCAGAGAAGGGAAGGAGGGUCUUGCAUGCCCUGCACCAACACCAUCAGAGUCGGCCAAUGAAAGUGAAAGUGAGACCGUGUGCUACCCAUCGUCACUAUUGAUGCUCACAGCUGGUUUCUUGCUGGGGUUACUGACUUUAUAAAAGCCCCAAAGUCAAAUAUCCUUCCUUUUUUUUUCUCUCCCUCUAUAUUUUUAUGACCUUGUGAAGACAAAUUUUUUUCAUACUAUCAGGUUCUUGCCCACGCUUUCCUUUGUAUAUCAGCAGCUGGAGCUGAUAAUUUUCAGUUUGGCAUUCCCAAAAUUCAUUUAUGUAUCAAUUUGUACUUUGUUGGCCCCGAAUGGUUGGGGACCUGGGGUUAGGAGUUUGUUCUAUCCUUUUUUAUUUUAUUUUUAUAAGUUGGAGUUUGUUCUAUCCUGGAUGUCGCUUUGUGCGUUGGUACGCCUAAUGUGCUACGAAAGUUGAUUAAAGUACCGAUUAUAUUCA